UUUAUCCUCCCCCACUUUUUAUUUCCUCGGGAAGCGGUUGUGGUGCAGAAGGAGACCUCCCAGGCUCGGCUGGGAGCUUGAGACUCGGGAGCCGCGUUAAGUUGGUUUUACAGAAUUAUCAGGUCUUCGAGAAAAAAAAUAAAUAAUCAAACAGGUAAGCUGUCUAGAGCAUAAUGCUUUUCACUGAGCCUUGUCAAAGAUCAUGGCUUUUCUCACAGAACUCUACCCGGAAAAAUAGAAUUGUACACCUGGGUACCUAUGACUUCUGCUCUUUAAGUCUGAUCUACAGUGCGCCAUUGUUAGGUAGUUUUACAUUGGUGAGCAGAAAUCAUCCACUGAUAGAACUUGUCUGAGAACAAAAUUCAUCAUGGUUGGUGAAUUAUUUUAAUUCUAAAGUUUUUAUUUUUGUCUUUUAAUAUUCUAUCAGUUAAGACUUUUCAGUGCAAGAGAGAUAGAAUUCUAAGUCAAACUAUUAAGAGUUUGGUCUUGGUAUGAAGCAGCAAUUGGCAGGCUGAAGCCAUGCCAUGGAAGAUUUGAUUUUUUUUUCCUUUUUUUCAUUUUGGCAUUUGGAUUGUGCAGGGCAGGUGAUAUGGGAUGUUUCUUUGAGGAAGAAGUUGUUUUUACUUUUUUUUUAGUUGGGAUAAAGUUCUUCCCAUGAUUUCUUAAGAAUAAGAUAGGAUCAAUAUGUUUUGUGAACUUGAGUCUCGCUUUCAUUCAUAAAUCUUGAAUGAGAAAGAAACUAGUAAUUAAAGGUUUAGUUUGUGCUAAGAUAUUAUAAAAGUAAGACUUGCUAUUAUGUGUACCUUUUUGUCUGCAGGUCAUUAUUGCUGUGGUUUGAGCUCAGCAUGGCUGUAGUCAUCCGUUUACAGGGGCUUCCUGUUAUUGCGGGGCCUGUGGAUAUUCGUCACUUCUUCUCGGGAUUGAAUAUUCCUGAUGGAGGAGUGCAUAUAAUUGGAGGAGAAAUUGGGGAGGCUUUUAUUAUUUUUGCAACAGAUGAAGAUGCACGACGUGCCAUGAGUCGGUCAGGAGGGUUUAUCAAGGACUCCCCUGUAGAGCUUUUUCUUAGCAGCAAGACAGAAAUGCAGAAUACCAUAGAAAUGAAACGAAAAAGAUUUGAUCGUGGAGGAAGAGAACUGAUAUCAGGCUCCAAAAGACCAGGAUCUAGUAGUUCUGGUGCAUCAGGGGUUGGCAGCCUAUCUAAUUUAGUUGAGGCUAUUAAGAAAGGAAUAAAUAAACCUGGCUAUGAUCCUUCGGAUGAUCCAGAGGCUGGUUUUCAUACCAAUGGUACAAGACAUGGUAUUACGGGGCCAAGAAAAGAAACACGUACAUUCAAAUCAGAUAACCGUUACUUAUUUUUACGUGGUUUGCCAUACUCAGCAACUGAAGAUGAAGUACGUGCUUUCUUUCCUGGAUUAUGUGUGGAUGGAGUUAUUUUACUAAAACAUCCAACUGGCAGAAAUAAUGGUGAUUGCUUGGUAAAAUUUGCUACAUCUCAUGAUGCUUUAGGAGGUCUUCAACGCCAUAGACAUUACAUGGGCUCAAGAUUUGUUGAAGUCAGUCCAGCUUCAGAGCAACAGUGGAUUGACUGUGGCGGUAGUGUAGAUAUAAAGGAUGAAGUUCAUUUCAGAAGUGAAGAGCGUUCUCCACAAAGAGGAAUAAAUGAUGCACAUUCAAAAAAACGAUCGCGAUCAAAAUCCCCAAGAAGAGUGAAAAGACGCUCCCGUUCCCCUCACAAAUAUGGAUUUUAUGUUCAUUUAAAAAAUCUGUCACUAAGUGUUGAGAAGAGAGAUAUAAAAAAUUUCUUUAGAGAUACUGAUCUGGCCAGUGAUCAGAUUAAAUUUUUGUAUAAGGAUCAGAAAAGAACAGGAUCUGCCUUUGUGAUGUUCAAGACAUUGAGAGACUAUAAUUCUGCUCUCGCCUUACACAAAUUUAUAUUAUUUCAUCGUCAAGUUCUUAUUGAUCCUAUAUCUAAAAAAACAAUGCUGAAAUUCAUUGAAUGUUAUGAAAAAAAAAGAUCAGGGUCAGUGGGGAGAGAACGACCUGGGCAUAUUCCAGAAAAAAACUACCGGGAAGGACAUUCUGGCCCAAAGCUGUGCAUAUAUAUAAGAAAUUUUCCAUUUGAUGUCACUAAAGUUGAGGUACAAAAGUUCUUUGCCGGGUUUUCUAUUGAUGAGGAUGAUGUUUACUUGCUUUAUGAUGACAAAGGAGUUGGUCUGGGAGAGGCACUGGUGAAAUUUAAAUCAGAAGAACAGGCAAUGAAAGCUGAAAGUUUAAACCGACGAAGGUUCUUGGGAACAGAGGUAUUAUUAAGACUUAUAUCUGAGGAACAAAUGCAGGAGUUUGGUGUGAAUAUUUCAUCUAUCUCAGGUGAGAAAAUGCAAGAUCAUUCACAGACACGAGAUAGAGAUGAACAUUCCCAUUCAGUUGAUACACAAGGACCAUCUGUACAUUCAUUUGGCCCUCCUGGAAAAUUCCGCCAUCCCCCAGAGGAUUUUCGUCAACAACCUGACAAUUUCCGGCAUCCUUCAGAUGAUUUCCGGCACCCUCCAGACAGACACCCUCCAGAUGAUUUCCGACACCCUCCAGAUAGACACCCUCCAGAUGAUUUCCGGCACCCUCCAGACAGACAUCCUCCAGAUGACUUCAGGCAACCGGAUAAUUUUAGACCACCACCUGAUGAUUUCAUGUGCCCACCUGAUGAUUUCAGAGGUCCUCGUCCUUUCAUGAAUUUUGGUCCCCCUGAAGGUGAACCUUUUGGCAGGUUUGAUUUUGGAAACAAUAACAUGGGAGGCUUUCCAGAGGGAAGAUUUAUGUCUGAUCCAAAUUUCAAUUGUGGCUCAGGUAGAGUAACUCCUAUUAAAAUAAUGAAUCUUCCAUUUAAAGCAAAUGUCAAUGAAAUCUUGGACUUUUUCCAUGGUUAUGGAGUAAUACCAGAAUCAGUUUCAAUACAGUAUAAUGACCAAGGAUUACCAUUAGGGGAGGCCAUUGUUGCAAUGGUAAACUAUGAUGAGGCUAUGGCUGCUAUUAAUGACCUGAAUGACAGACCAGUUGGCCCACGAAAAGUUAAACUAAUUUUGCUCUAGAGGCUACUUAGCAAUUUACAUUUCCCUCCAACUCCCCCACAGUAUUGGUGCAGCAAAAUGCAUUUGUAUAAAAAAAGUGUUUAUUUUUAAUUACCAAAAAACCUCCCCAAACCAUUAAUUUUGACAAUUCCUAUGAAGAGCAAAUUGUAAAUAGUGGAAUGUUUAGAUCUUUUUUCAUAAGGUGUUUGUUUUUUUUUUUUUUUUUUUUUUUGAGUGUGAGUGUGAGUGUGCGUGCGUGUGUGCGCAAAUUGCCAUCUAACUUUUUUAAAUUUUCAACUUCAUUAUGCUUUAUUCUUUGACGGUGGAUAAUAGCACUAAUCCUUUAAAUGAUUUAUGUAAAUUGCAUAGUUUAAUUUCAAAAAUUGAAAAGUAGAGUUGUAAUGUUAUUUGGGAAAAGGGAAAUUUUUAUUCCUCCUUUCCAUAGUCCAUAGUAUCUUUAUACAAAUGUUUAAGGAAAUGUUAAAUGAUUUGUUCAGGUAUGACAUUUUCAUUGCUUACCUGAUUGUACAAAUAAAACUUCCUAACCAUCACCUGGGACAAUACUGUAUUAGUCCCAUGUUAAAAAUUGCAAAAUGGACAGAAUGUAAACUUGAAAAUUUCUUCUGUGAAAAAUCUUAUUAGACUUGUUAAAUUGUUUCAUAUGUUCACAGGAAUUCUUAAAAGUUUCCAUGUUCAUUACUUUACAGAAUUAAAAAAAAAAUAAAGAUACAGCUGAAUGGACCAACUA